GCAACGCGCACUAGCGCGGCGGGCGCGCACCGGGCUGCCCGCUUUUAUAUUGAAUUGACCUUAUUUACUCAAUCAAAACUUUAACGAAAGGUCGAUAAACCUUUCCAUUACAAUUUGUGACUCUCAGUUCAUUAUUAAUACUCCAAGAAUUGCUGUUUGUAAACUAUUCCAUGGGACAGUGGCCGCUACAAAGAUGGUUGAAGUGAAAAUAACAGGCGAUAUUAAAGUUGGAGGCAACAAUCCUUGUUUUAUCAUCGCCGAAGUUGGACAAAAUCACCAAGGUGACAUUGAAAUAGCGAAAAAGCUAAUAAAGGCUGCCAAGGAUGCUGGAGCCAGUUGCGUCAAAUUUCAAAAGACAUGUCUCAAAGAAAAGUUUACCAAAAAGUACCUUGAACGAUCAUAUGAUAAUCCAAACUCUUGGGGAAAAACUUAUGGAGAUCACAAAAGACAUUUAGAAUUUUCAGAAGCUCAGUAUAGGGAACUCUUUAAAUAUGCACAUGAAGUUGGAAUUCCCUUUACCGCAUCGGCUAUGGAUAUGGUAUCAUUCGAUUUUCUGGUUAAUCUAAAAGUGCCGUUUAUAAAAAUCGGAUCCGGAGACUCAAAUAAUUUAUUGUUUUUGAAAUAUGCGGCGUCUAAGAAAAUUCCACUUAUAAUAUCGACAGGAAUGGUAGACAAAUCCGCUGUGAAAACAAUUUAUGAUAUUAUAUCGGCAGAACACAAACAAUUUUGCUUGUUGCACUGUAUAUCGGCGUAUCCCGUGCCUUUCGAAGACUGCAAUUUAACUGUCUUACAAGAUUACAAGAAUACAUUUGAUGUUCCUGUGGGAUAUUCUGGUCAAGAGUUGGGAACUGCAGUGGCAUUGGCAGCAGUCGCUUUGGGAGCAAAGGUCUUAGAGAAACAUAUAACAUUGGAUAAGAGUAUGAAGGGUACAGACCAUGUCUGUUCUUUGACUCCAACCGAGUUCAAACAACUAGUGCGAGAUGUCCGCGUUAUUGAGGCGUCUUUGGGAACUCCUAUUAAGAAAGUCGUAACAUCUGAAAUACCCUGUAUCGAUAAACUCCAAAAGUCGCUCGUCAUGGGUUGCACGAAAAACAAAGGAGAGAUAAUUUAUCCUGGAGAUGUAAAGAUCAAAGUAGCCGAGCCUAAAGGUCUGAAUGCUUUACACUUUGAGGAAGUUAUUUACAAGACUCUCGUUUAUGAUAAGAAAGAAGAUGAACCACUUAAUGAGGGUGAUUUCUGUUGAAAGUAUACCGAUUUGAAUACUUAAUAUUGAUGGCUAAGAUUGAUGGCUGCUCAAUGACAAAAAUGUAUGCUCAUAAAAUAUAGUUAUAAUCUUACCAAUAAAAUACAAAAUAAUAUAACAAAAAAAAAUAUGUUUUUAAGUUAACCACAAAUAAUCUAGUAAUUGUAUGAUAAGUUUAUAUUUGUUAUGUAUUAAAGUAAAUAUAAUACUCGGCCGUUA